AUGGCCCAUAAAGGAGAGCAUCAGCUGGUCCAAGUUGACGAACGUGACAAUUUAGGUAAUACACCAUUGCACUUGGCCAUCAAAUGCGGUGACAAAGAUUCGAUGAAGUUGUUGCUGAGCAAUGGCGCCAAUGCGAAUUGGCCAAACAAAAAUGGAUGCACACCCCUGCACUAUAUUUGCAUGCGAAAAAGCGACGAUGGCUUGGCGAAAAUCUUCUUCGAGUGCAACGACGAAAUCAAUCAGCCGCUGCAAAUCGACGCCCAGAACAAGUUGGACCAAACACCAUUGCAUUUGGCUCUGCGCGUGCGCAACACGAGUGCGGCCGAAUUACUGCUGAGAAGAGGCGCCGACCCGAACUUGGUCGACUGGCUUAAAUACACUCCUCUGCACAUCAUAAGCAAGAAGUGUUACAGUGACGACUUUAUCGAGUUAUUCUUCAACGUCAGCGAGGAAAAACAUCGGUUGCUGCAUGUCAAUGUUCAAGACUAUGAGGGUAACACACCAUUGCUCUUGGCCUUGUACCACGGCCAGUUGAAGUUGGUCGAAUUGCUGCUGAGACGAGGCAACGAUCCAAAUAUACCCGAUAAAAAGGGAUUAACACCACUGCACUGGGCUCUUCUUAAACGCGGCAGAGAAGAGAUGAUUGAAUUGCUGCUGAGAAAUGGGGCCAAUCCGAAUAUGGUCAAUAAGGAAGGAUCAACUCCUCUGCAUGUCAUUUGCACGAAUUACUAUUACCGCGAAUUUUGCGAGAUAUUCUUCAAUAUCUGCGAAGAAUUAAACCAAUUUGUGCAAGUCAACGCCCAGGACAAGUUGGGUAAUACACCCCUGCAUCUGACUCUGAAACACAACUACAUGAAGCAAGCCGAAUUGCUGCUAAAAAAGGACGCAGACCCGAAUAUAGUCAAUGCAGAGGGUUCGACUCCUCUGCACAUCUUCUGUAAUAGACGCCACGACGAAAAUAGCUUCAUGAUAGAUCUAUUUUUUGCAGUUAACGAGGUACAGGUCGACGCACGGGACAAGGAGGGUCGGACACCUUUGCACUACGCCGUUACGAAUCUCUCGUCAUAUGUGGUCGAUGUACUUCUGAAUCAUGGGGCUAACGCGUCGAGCUUCGUUUUUCCAACUGCGAGUCAGUUCACCGAGAGAUUCAACGAACCGACGAAAAAUAGUGAUUAUCUUAAAUUGGAAAUAAGGUCUGGUGUUCUGUACGUCACCGAACGUCUUGAGGAGAAAGGAUAUCAACUGGACCGAGACGCUACUAUUACGAUCAUAAAAUUGUUCGCCAAUAACAAAUUAUGCGACAAGUGGCAGAAUCUCUACUCUGGUGACGAAUAUUGGCUGGAUGAGCCAUAUUUCACGAGCCAAGCGAAAGAAAUAAUGAUAAUAUCCGACCUGUCGCUGUACGACCUGAUCCAGUUACGACCCGAGGAGGCUGAAAAACGACUCACAUACGCGGACUACUUGAAGUUGGCUCGCUCGAAUAAAUUGAAGACAUUCCCCGAAAUUUAUAGUAGUCUUUGUAUCGAACGUGUUUGCGAGAAACUAUCGAGAGGACUUUUUCGGCGAUGGGCACUGGAUUCUUUCUCGAAGCUGAUUCACAAGCGACUGCCGAUUCUCUGCUGUGACACGAUCAUGGAUCAUUUGGAGAUCAAAGAUUUAUGGAGUAUUUACUUGGCGAACUGCGAUCUAAGCGAAGCGGAGAGAAAUGACCCGCUCAUGCAAGUUUUCUUUUCAUCGUUUGUGACGGUAAACUCCCCGUGUCCACCGUAUACAAGGGCGUUCUCAAUGCCUGGCCGACUUCGUCGUUAUCCGAAGCGCCAGACGAGGGACUGCUCGUGGCCGGCCAGGGUCCGGCUAGCUCGAUAG